ACCCACUACAAACAGACUUAUUGGGUUAUUAUGUAAACAUUAAAGAAUUCAGUAGACACUUUGGAAAAGAGUAAGGAUUGUGUCCAAAAUCACCACCAGAAAGACCCACUUAUUGGGUUAUCUUUUGUGUGUUUCACAUUAAAAAUACUUCUAUCCUAUUGUAUUCUAUCCUAUGUUGGGGAAUGGCCUUCAUCAUUGUCCUCUGGGUGUAUUGUAAAGAAAAUUGUUAGCUGAAAAUCAUUUGAGUUUAACACAAAUUAGCUAGAACAGUUUACUAAUUAAAGUAUUAAGGAAGAUUUUUCCAUUUUAUGAGAAUGAUUUCCUAUCUUUAAAUUAAUUAAACAUACUUAAUAUAAGUUGUAUUCAUUAAUUAGAAUUAGAAAUGAUUGCUGUAAGAUGUACUUAAACAUUACCUAAUAUAAAAGUGACCCCACCCUUUUCUACCUUGAACAAGAUAUUCCUAUUCUUUUAUAUUUUAUUUAUUAAUUUAUUCAAAAAUGAACAUUCCAUGUUUCUGAUUGCAUGAAGGAUUGUAAAUAUAAUUAUCCUCUACUAUUCAUUAACAUAGAGGGUGUUCCUGGAAUAUAUAUUAGAAAUUAUCACUUUUUUUAAUUAAUAAUACGAUUAAAGGUGUCAUAGAACUGCUAUUAUAUAUUAUACAAUCAGGAUUAUUAUUAUUAUCAGCAUCUUGUAUUUAAGCAUUAACAAAUUAAUUAUAGUGCAUAGAGGCCUUUGAAUUAUGCACUCACAAUAUGAGAACAUUAUUUUUUUUAUAGAUCCCUUGAGUCAGCUAAUGCUUAUGGGUUAGUUGGAAUGUUACCAUUUUUAAACAGGGUAACAUACACUGAAUACCUUGUGGUCUUGGGUUAAUCUUCAGUGCUAUUGACUUUUCUUGAUUAUUUUAAUUGGAACUGCUAAAUUAAAUUGGUGCUUAUAUAAUGCUGAUACUUUCAAAUACAUUGAUAAAUAUUAAAACCAUAGAUAUAAAUACAUUUGCAUUUAUUGUGUCUUUUAUAAAACUGACAUUGUCUUAUAAAGAUGAGAUAAGAUUUAUUUCAUAGUCAUACAUUAUACAAAAUACGUAUAUGAAAUUUGCCUUCUCAAGUUUUAAAACAAUGAUGAAACACAUAUAAAAUAGUUCAAACAAAAAAAAACAAAACAAAUGCUUAAGGGCAUAAUGGGCAUGAAGUACUAGAAUGAUGAAUAGAUACACAUUAGACAAAUACACUUCUUACCCCAACACUAGUUUGAGUAAUGUGUUUUGAAUAUAUAUUAAUAAUUAUUAUAAUAAAUUUUUACAUCAUAAUAAAGCAAUUAAUUGGUAGAUUGUUUACUAUUAAGUAGAUAAAAAAAUUAAGAGCAGGCCUGUAUUGACGGCAAAAGGAAAAAAGGAAUAUUGUUUGAAUUGCUGAAAGUAGGUUAGGUGUUGCUACCUAUUCAAAUAAAAUAAUAUUUAUUGAAUACUGACGAAGGACAUACGAUUCAGCCAAUGAAGAACAAUGUCUCGUAACAACGUUUGUUUUCUGAUGGUUGAAAAUGCCCACACAUCAAGAUCUUUAGAAGAAAUUCAUAAAUGCGUUAACAAAAAUACCUCCCACCAACAUAGUUCUGGACCUCAUAUUAGAAACAAAAGUCAUGUGAGGUGUUUCAUACCAUCCAAUGAUCUCUACAAAAACUUUGGAUCAAUUUCAAACAUCAAUACACUCAUAAAAAAAGUUUCCCACUUUAGCGCAAUUCAACAUGUACGUGUUUUAGAGACAAUAGCUUUUUUACGUCUCAAUUACAAUGGACCACCGCUGACUAUUAAUCGGUCCGACGCCCUUGAGGGCGAUGACUCGAUGUUGUAUAUAUUUAGCAUUAUAUCAUUGCAGAAUAGUAUUCCACUUGACUACUCAGCAUGAAAUUAGACAAUAUAAAUAUUAGUACUACUGAAUAACGCCAUGUUCAAUGUCAGCGUAUUGAAUGACACUGGAAUUCAUCGUAGCCAUUCUAAGUGAGCAAUUGCUGUCGAUACAAUUCAAUAACAGCUUUGAUUAGUAUUAUCGACUGUAAAUGAUAUGCCCUAUCAAUCGUGGCAGAACACUAUAGAAAGACAUUGUCAGUUUCCAUCUGAUUAAGUUAUCUUUAAGACGUUGUGAGCACUUUUGAACAAUUAUGUAGAAUCUUCUGCCUCGUUUAGUGGAGACCCUUAAUCAAAGUUACCCCCUGCUGUAAGAUGAAUUCUACAUUCUGAAAAUGCCACUUGCUCUCAUUUGCUAUGAAGCUCUUGACAUCUUCACAUCAUCAUCAAAUUCCCGAGCACUCUUUCAGUACAAGUAAAGAGUCGCAACAGAAUACCACCAUAAUGCAUUCUACAAUCCUGUUGAUCCUAGUUGCCAUAGUAACUUCAUCACUAGCCGAGCAGGCAGAAGAUGACAAGCACGCAAUACGACACCUACAUCAUAAAAUAUGCAAACAGUUUUGGAAGAAAUUUUUACAGAACUUUGAUGGAGAUUCAGAGGACCUGUUUCUUGAUUGGUAUACUACUUCGAAAAAAGAAACAAGCACGUUCCCAACAAUAGCAUUCAACGAACACCGGGAAUUGAAAUACCCGAAGAUAACACGAGAUGCAGAUGGGGCACCUGUCAUCGACCAUGCUCAUGAGAGGGGGGAGCAGACAGGUUCCCUGCUCCCAAAGCAAUCAUCAAUGUUACUGCAAAAAUUACUGGAUGGCGUCAGACAAGACAAAAUAAAUCCAACAGAAAAUGUUCAAGCUGUAACUGACGAGCAUACCCAAGAAAACAAAGACAACAGAGUGGAGGAGGUAUUGAAAAAGCGCCAUCAUGGAAAGACUCAUCAUCACCAAUUGCAUUCCAGACAUGAAUCUCAAACUGAGACGCAAACAGCCUCAUAGAACUAUAUUUAGACAAUCUUUAUGACUUGAUUUUCAUCUUCAAUGAACUCUGAACUGAGAUGAAUUUUUAAUCAAACAGUAAAUAAACCUCAUUUAUAUUAUAUAAUUAUUGUAAAUACUGUAUAUAAGAAUUAUUAAUACAUGAGAAUAAAUUUUGAUAUUUAAAGAUGAAACUGUUGUAUGGUAUGAAUGCUGAUCAGCUUUUUGCUUUUCAUAUUGUGAAUUAUUUUGUUACAGCACAUAUACAAUAUUCAAUGUUUUAUGCUGUAAACACUCCACAACCAUUACAGUACAAAGAGACAUUGUUUAAUUUUGUAUGCGCUGUAGUUUUCCCUAUUCCAUUAGAAGUAUCAUUAUCUUAAAUACAAGUCUCACGCCCUUUGUAU